AUGGAACUCAAUUCAAGCGAAAAACCGAUCACCGCAGGCUCCAUCUUGCCGGUUUCGACGACGAGCACUGAUGUCGAAUCCCUCGAGAAGCCUACCGAAGAGUGGAAGCCCCACAAGAAGGAGUGGUUCAUCAUGAUCAGUCUCUCCUUGAUCUCGCUCAUGGUCUCGCUUGACGCGACCAUCCUCGUUACUGUCCUUCCGGUACGUCACAUCCUCGUCCCGUUAGCCCUCAAUGGCACCUCCGUCGACGCCUUCUGGGCCGGGACUUCGUAUCUCCUUUCCAGCGCCGUCUUCCAGCCCGUCAUCGCUUCUGUUUCCGAGUUCUUCGGCCGCCAACAAAUGCUCCUCUUCUCCUUGACAUUCUUCACCGUCGGCACCGCCUUGUGCGCCGCCGCCAAUGACUUCACCGUCAUGCUGACGGGACGGACUAUCCAGGGCAUUGGCGGUGGUGGUAUAAUCACUCUCUGCCAGGUCAUCUUUUGCGACAUCGUCCCCUUGAGGCAGAGGCCAAAGUACUUCUCCAUCGUGCUCGGUGCGUGGUCGAUCGGCACUAUAGUCGGACCGGUUAUUGGCGGUGCGCUUGUAGAGCACACGACGUGGCGUUGGGUCUUCAUCAUCAAUUUCCCGUUCUGCGUGCUAGGCUUCAUCCUGGCUUUCCUCUUCGUACGGCUCAAUACCAUGGCCAAGAUGACUCUCGCGCAAAAGCUGAAAUCGACCGACUGGAUUGGCGCAGCGCUCUUUGUGGGCGGAAUGACGAGCUUCCUCAUCCAGUACAAGUGGGUCUCGGUACAGACCCUCGCUCCCAUCAUGAUAGGGCUCAUCGGCGUUGUGGUGUUCGUGGGCUGGCAGAUCUGGAUGAAGCCGAAGAGCUUGCUGCCCAUGUCGAUAUUUUAUUGCCCGUCGGCUCUCGCGGCCUUCUAUUGCGCGCUCAUGAGUGGGUUAGUCCUUUUUACCUCGUUGUACUACAUUCCCUUCUACUGCAUGAGCGUCCGAGGUGCAUCAUCCACGAAAGCCGGUAUCGACAUUUUCCCAGCCCUAUUCCUCUUUAUCCCGGGCUCCAUCAUCGUCGCGGGGCUGACUACUCGGCUUGGCCGAUUCAGAUGGAGUAUCUGGGUGGGCUGGGCUAUAAGCACACUCGGUUGCGGACUCAUGUUGCUCUUUGGCCUGCACACCACGACCGCCGUUUUCGCCAUCGUCCUUGCCGUUUUCGGCAUCGGUUCCGGGAUGGUUGUAACUGGCGUAAACGUCGGUAUUCAGGCUAUCUCGAAGGUCGAAGAUGCAGCGAUGGCGGCGUGUAUGUACGGGUUUAUGAGGAGCCUCGGAAUGCCUUUAGGCGUGGCUCUCUCGGGAACGAUCUUCCAGAAUGCGAUGUCCAACAAACUCUCUGCUUACGGCCUCUCGACAUCUAUCGCUCAAGACUCCGAGCGCUACGUGUACAUCCUGAGGACGCUGGACGAGACGACGCGCACACCCAUCCUAGAGUCGUAUAUGCACGGCUUCCGCGCGCUGUUCGUCAUGAUGACAUGCGUCUCUGCAAGCACGUUGACAGUCAGUCUGGUCAUCAAGAAGUUUGAUAUGAACAAGACCCUUCUGAGCAAGUACUCGGCGAGGUAG